CACACACACACAGUGAGACCAAGGAAAGAGUCUGACUACUAAACUGAAACCUGUACAUUUUUCUCACAGUACAUGUAGUAACAACACAAUGGCCUGUACAUUACCACUGGCAUUCCUUGUCCUUCACGGAUUUAUCUCUCUUUCGGCAGAAGAUUCAUGCGAAAAUUAUUUCAAACCUGGAGCUGACUUCACCAUCUCUCUUGAUUACAAGGAAUUGAGUUCGAAAGAAAUAACCUGGAAACACAAUGGCAACGUUAUAUUUAGAAGAAAGAAUGGAAAGUUCAAACCAGGCAAGGCUGAGGACAUCUUAGAUGAUGGGUCUCUCCAACUCAAAGACCUGGUGUCGGCAAACGAAGGUACUUAUCAAGCAGAAGUGUUCAACAGCGAAGGGAAAAGCAUCAAAUAUCUGUCCCUCAGACUGUGUAUGAAGGAAAAGGUCUCCAAGCCCUCAGUGAAAUUCACCUGUUCUGAUAAGGACGUCACCUUUACCUGUAUCUUGACUAACCCUGAGGGAGUGACUUUCAAGUGGAGCAAGAACAGACAGCCUUUAAAUGGGGAAAAAACAACAACCUUGAUCAUCGGUCUGAAACAACUGAAAGAGCCGGACACCUUCACCUGCUCUGCAGUCAAUGAGGUCAGCGAGGAGACAAGUGACAUCAUCAAACCAACAUGCAAGGCUGUCUCAAAAUCGAUUGAUCGUCAUAUACUGUUUGGUUUUGAUUUCUUGACCAUGGUGUGCAUCCUGGCCGGGGGAGGGGGCUUGGUACUCCUCCUCAUCAUCAUCACCUUGGUGUGCUGUUGCCUCAGCCGACGCAAGAGCCAGAUGCGCUUUGAAGAGGAAAGAGAGUUGAGACUAGCCCCCCUGACCAAGACCCAGCAUCCUUACCACUCAGAGGGCCAGACAAAGCAUCCUUCUCAACCAGAGGGCCAGAAGCAAAGGCAGAGACCCCCCGGUGGGGCCCCACCUGGUUCCACCGGCCCCAGGCCCACGGCCAGAGCCUCCAACCAGGCAGAGCCCCAACCCAGAGCCCAGGCUCGAGGGAGGCCUCCACAGACACCAAUCGAUGACGAUGAAGAGCAUCCCCCACCGCUACCCCAGCCCAGGAAGAAAGGCCCUCACCCCCCCAGACACUGAGUCUGGAAACAGGUUUAGCCUAUAUACUUUCUGAUCCAAGGAAAGGAGUUCCAGCAGUCUACAUGUUGAACAUGAUGUUAUCUAAAGAAUAGAAAAGGAAGGAAAAUACCCACAGUGUUCUUUUCUUCCAACGCCUUUUCAAAAUUCUGUUUCAUUGUUUUUAUGUUGAGUUGAGUGUUUAUCAAAAUCAUCCAUAGGUUGUAGCCUACCUAUCUAUCCACCUCCUCUUGAAGUAGUGAUCUUAACUUGAUGUCUGUGUGGUUGUCAAUAAAAAGUAAAGAAUUACAGGCACA